GCUGACGUGACAUGCGGCACCGGCGAGAUGUGGGGUCCCGAGCGUACCGGCGAGGCGGCCAGCAUCCCAUAUGUGGAUGUCAGGACGGAGAGAUCCAGCCCUGAGCUCCACUUACAUAAGGUGUGAAUUCAGCUGAGGCUUGAGCUGUCAGGAAAGUCCCAGGAGUGUAAAUCUGAUCCGGAAGCCCAGGAGCUCCUGCAACUCUGUGAACGCUGAUCCAUACUCCAGCUGCCCCAAGGUUUCCUUGCAGGAUGGCAGCUUCCUGGCUCGCCAUCUUUCUAAUGCUGGCCCUUUCCUCUAUCUACUGCAUUGUUUCUCAUCCCAGCCCGGAGAUGUGGUUUCAGGGUCUCUUUCCAUCUAGUGUGUGCCUUGCAAAUGCCCAUACCAACACCUUUUAUGGCAUCAUGUUUGAUGCAGGAAGUACCGGGACCCGAAUUCACAUUUACACCUUUGUGCAGAAAAACCCAGAGCAGCCUCCAGAGCUGGAUGGGGAGAUCUUUGAGUCCGUGAAGCCAGGGCUUUCUGCUUAUGUUGAUCAGCCUGAAAAGGGCGCAGAAACUGUGAAAGGAUUGUUGAAAAUGGCCAAAGAAGCUGUGCCACGUAGCCAUUGGAAGGAGACCCCAGUGGUGCUGAAAGCUACAGCUGGACUGAGGCUGCUGCCAGAGCCCAAAGCCCAGGCUCUGCUCUCAGAGGUGAGAGAGGUCUUUGAGGAGUCACCCUUUCUGGUUCCAAAUAACAGUGUUAGCAUCAUGGAUGGAUCUUCUGAAGGAGUUUUAGCCUGGAUCACUGUGAACUUUCUGACAGGGCAGCUGUACGGCCAGAACCAGCAGACAGUUGGGACACUGGACCUGGGAGGAGCCUCAACCCAAAUCACGUUCCUGCCACGGUCUGAGGAAACCUUGGAGCAAACCCCUGUGGAUUUUGUCACCUCAUUUGAAAUGUUCAAUAGCACUUACAAGCUCUACACGCACAGCUAUUUGGGCUUUGGACUGAAAGCUGCCAGACUAGCAACACUUGGAGCCCUGGAAAUGAAAGCAGUGGAUGGACAAAUGUUCCGAAGUUCUUGUUUACCGAAGCGACUGGAGGCAGAGUGGCACUUUGGGGGAGUGAGAUAUCAAUAUGGUGGCAACAGAGAAGGGGAAACAGGAUUUGAACCUUGCUAUUCAGAAGUGGUGAAGGUCGUACAAGGGAAAUUGCACCAGCCAGAUGAGAUUCGCAGACGCUCCUUCUAUGCCUUCUCCUAUUAUUAUGAUCGAGCUGUUGAUACCGACCUGAUAGAUUAUGAAAAGGGAGGAGUUCUAGAAGUGAGAGAUUUUGAAAGGAAAGCUAAAGAAGUGUGUGAUAACAUGGACAGGUACACCUCCGCCAGCCCUUUCCUCUGUAUGGAUCUCAGUUACAUCACUGCCUUACUAAAAGAAGGCUUUGGAUUUGGGGAUAACACACUCUUACAGUUAACAAAGAAAGUGAACAACAUAGAGACAAGCUGGGCCUUGGGUGCCACCUUUCACCUGCUGCAGUCUCUGGGGCUCUCCCACUGAGCCAGCACCCCCUGCAGAACAUUGGCCUUUCCAGAAGGAAGAGAGGGCAAGUUCAAAUUUCCAACUGCAUAGCUCAGCAGGAGUCAGUCCUUCAGCAAAACAUGGAUCGAAGCCAUGGAAUAAAUUCCUCAAGGACUAGGCAGCUCCCAGCUGCAAUGAGAACAGCCACAGUAUGGUUUCUAAAUAACUUAAUUGUGGUAACUGAUACAAAAUCUGCCUCCUGCAAGCCAAAGAAGCUGAUUAUACUUAUAAGCAACCCAGACACAGGUUCAGUGAAUGGAUUCAUAGAUGCCCCGUGUUACCAGCAGUUCAGAGUGCUUGUCAUGCCCUGGCAAACCGCAGACCUUUUGUGGCUGAUGCUUGAUAAUUUUUACAUGUAGAACUGAAGUUU